AUGGAUAAUACAAUGAGCGGCGCCGGCGCAGGACCAUUGCCUACUGGAUUCGGUACACAAUCUGGGGUUAGUGGUGGUAGCACACUCACAGACUUCACGAAGAGGAGGAACUGGCCACAACGAGUGGUUGAAGAGCUGAAGGAUUUUCUCCACAUUCUAACCCCCGAUGGGAGAAUAGUCUAUAUGUCCCCCAGUGGCGAAGCAUUGACGGGGUAUACUCGAGAGGAGCUUGUGGGCAAAUUUAUCGUGGAUUUCAUACACACUGACGAUUCCGGAAUAUUUGUGCGAGAGUUCAACGAAUCUAUCGCUAGUGGCCAUCCUCUCAGAUUUUUCUAUCGAUUUAAGAAGAAGGAUGGGACGUACACGAUUUUCGAAUCUCACGGGCACCCUCAUCUUACCUCGGAAGCCGCACAAUUUGGACCGAACAAUGGAUCAAGCUUCUGCAAAGGAUUUUUCAUGAUGGCGCGUCCAUACCCGACCAAGAACGCUGCACUGCUCGACUCUUUCCUCGAACACAAGAUCGAAAAUGAACGACUUACGAGGAGAAUCGCUGAUCUCAAGCGGGAGGAAGCUGAGGAGGUAGAUGAGUCGCACAAGACAUGGUUGAAAAAGCAAGAAGGGCGACCAGAGAUUCAAUCCGAGGAGAACGAGACGCUGGGAUCCACGACAGCAUCAAUGCCUAGCCAUAUGGCGAACCCAGAUGCAUUAGCAAUGCCACCACCAGCAAAGCCGUCGUCUAUGAAUGCUGCUUUGACUCGACAGAACUUGGAGGAUGCGAACGCCGGAAGCAGACCGGAUUCUAUAAAUGACAAGAUGGCACGUUACGAAGGUGCUACUCAUAUUGAGACGAUUGAGAUGCUGACAGGAUUACGAUACCAAGAUGGAGAACGAAGUCACGGAAUCAGCACUGGAGACCAGAGUCCAGCAUUGAUCAGAGGCGAUGCCGGAAUAGCGAUCCCUGUUGAUAAGGAAGCCAGGGGAGGCGACAAGAAGAAGAAGAUAAAGCUUCCAGAUGAAUAUGUUUGCACAGAUUGUGGUACUCUCGAUUCCCCGGAAUGGCGGAAGGGCCCCAGCGGACCAAAGACGCUCUGCAACGCUUGCGGUCUCCGAUGGGCCAAAAAAGAGAAGAAAAGAGCAGGUCCAUCCCAACCGGCGGCUUUGCAACUGGGGCAGAGCACUGGAAGCAGUUAG